AUGGCGCAAGCAACGCCGGAGGUGAAUCCAUCGUACCUACAAUGGAAGAACCCCGAGAUGCUUGCGUUCCUGAGUGCGCAGAAAGGUGGCGUUGCACCAGGUACCUCCAUUUUGGAUGCGUCGAACGUGAUGGAGUACUUUAGCACGUCGCCUUUUUACGAUCGUCACAGCAAUAACGAGCAUGUGCGGAUGCAAAGCACUGCAUUGAUAGCCCAGAUCAUGGCGCAAUCGGUGCAGUCGCACGCAGAACUGAUGCAGAGUAUCGCACGGCGGUACCAAGAAGAGCUGCGUAGGCGGUUCACGGGUUUCGAAUUCGCACUUGCACCCGACUUGUAUACCAUUCUGUCCACGCGCUUGCAAUCGAGCAUGAUGGGUCUCAAAAAGACGCUGGAAUUACAGCGCGAGCACCGCUCGACAUUCACGCCGCGCCGUGGAUACUAUGGCCGCUUUCUUGUCGCAGAGGAUGCAGAGCAGGAUGAAAAAGCAACGUCGCCAUCCGAUGCAUCGUAA